GACCGCAAGAUGAAGCCUGGACCGAGGACAUGGGACAGGGGCCUCUGAGGAAGCAGAGCCGAUGGCCCAGGCCUUUCUAAACAUGUGCAGAAAUCCGGGCCCCUGGGGAGUCAGACCGUGUCGGGCUCAGUGGCAUGAUCAGGCCCGGGACCCCGGCUGGGCCCAAAUCGGAGAAGGGGUGUCCGCCUGUCAGGGUGGUAGGCCAGGACCCCGGCUCCGCCUGGAGCAGGAAUUCAGUACCUCCUGCGUCCUCAUCUUCCCCGAACCCCUGAGGGGCCUGGAGGGCAUGGCAGUGACUCCCUUUUUUAUGGGAGGGGAAGGGGAAAAGGGAGCUUCUGGAAGCCUCCUGACAUUAGGCUCUGUGCUCUUGGAUGCUUUUCCUUUGUGCUGUUCCAGGGCACGGGCGGUGGCCUGGAGGGGGCAGUGACUGAUUUGAGGAGGGGCUUGCCAGGGGGUUGGCGGUUCAGCUGGCACACGCUCCCAGAGUAACCCCUAGCCCCCUAGCAGAUGAGGAAACUGAGGCGCAGGUGUGAAGGGCCGAGUUUUACGGACAGACCCCUCGGCCCCUAGCUAAUGGGGAGGCUGAGGGGACUGAAACCAGGCCCCCCGAUUGCCAUGUCCUGCCUGGUGCUGCUCCAGCCCUGUGACCGGCCUUGCCACAGCUGGCACGUGGCAGCUUCUCGAGGGCAGUUUCCCACGGCCCCAUGUGCUGUUGAAGCUGGACUUUAUGGGGUGCCCCAAACGCCAGGGUGUAGCAACGGAGGAGGGAGCAGACCAACCCCAGAGCCCAGGUUGGAAUAACUUGUCCAAGUCUUCUCACUUGAAAAAUUCAGUUUGAAUUCAAGGUGAGCUUGUGGGGUUUUGCCUCUUGUGAUCCUAAACUCACCGAGCAUGUUCAAGCUCUGCAUCUUGUCCUUGUAGAUGGAUUUUGGCUGUGUUGAAUUUACCUGAAUUUGAGAAUUGUCUUUACAUUUAAUAUCCUUCAUGACAGAACAUUAGAGGCCCAGGGGUGUCUGUAAAAUUAGUUCAGAAUCACUAACAUCCAGGGUUUCAGGGUUCCGAAUUUUGGUUGUUUUUUCUCUGUAAACUUAGUUCUAUAUGGUUCCUCAAAAUUGGAAGAUUUUUAUACUCAGAUCAGGUCACUAAAAUCAACAUACAUGGUACAUGUCAUUCAUACGGUUAUAUACUAUACCAAAUUCCACAUUCUUGGGGAAAAAAUAAGCCCUGAGGAUAGCAGUGGAUAGAUGUAAAUCAUUGGCCUUGUAAAAUCAUCAAGAAUAAAAUACAGCCCUCUUCCACUGUGCCAAGGCCAAAAGGGUUUGAGAAAAUAAGUUCAUUUUAAGAAGCGUUCCUGCUUGCCUCAUUUAUUUAUCCGGUGUCAGGGGAGGCCUUUUUGUUUGGGUGGAUUUUUUUUUCCCUCCUUCCUCUUGCCCCUCUGUCAGCCACGAGGACUUGAGUUCUGAGUUGGGUCCACUUUGCUGGCUCUGACUAUCAUGGAAGUCACUGCCUGGAACCAUCCUUGUCUUGCUUUUUCAAGGUAUGAUGCUCAGAUUGGGUGUGUGUCUUUAGGUGCCUGGGAAACUUGACAGCAUGGGGCUUUCUAGAAAGAAUAUUUAAAUUAUGUAAUUCUCAACAAGGAUUUUGCCUUUGCAUGGUUGUUUGUGGGAGGAGAAGUUCGGAGAUAGAGGCCACAUGUGGCCCUCUCUGGUGUUCUGUUGGCGCUGUUUCCCCCAGUGCGGAAGUGGGGGGAAUAGAAUUCUCCUCCUUUGGGGGUGUCUUGGUGACCCACCUAGCAUGUGUCCGCUGGAUUCAGAGCAGAUGCCCCUGCCCGUUCCACCCUCUCAGUGGUAUUCUUUUGUUACCCGGCUGUGGCAGCGCUGACAUCUCUCUCCCAGCAUGUACUGCCCGGGGGGUGGGGGACAGAUGACCAGCAGACAGAAGCAUGCACUCGCAGUGAUGCGGCCAGCUGGCCACACAGUUCUCAGUGCCGAGGUCUCCGGCCACUUGGGUCUGAGCUGUGCCUGCCACAAGGCUUUUUAAAAGAUGAAGUGAGGGUUCACCCUGGGGUCUGGCUGGGAAUUGGGGUCUGGCAUUUUAUAGGUCUGUUUUUCCUGCUGCAGGGGACACAUUGCAGGUUUAGACAAAUCAGAGCGAGCACAGACUCCCAGCCUAAGACUCUUCUGAAAGGGAACCUCGACUAUUUGAACAAAAGAGAUGCAUGGAUAGACAGUCACCUUCAAAGCCAGAAACAAGUAGCUGCUUCAUAUUUUAUAAAAUUUAAAAUAUGAGUUCUUAACUUAGUCUGUAGGAGAUUGUAAUUGUGUUUUCAGAAGACAACUUCUUUUCUGAGGUUAUAGCCUGUUUUUGGAAAGUCUGCCUGUCCCGGGUGCUGGCACACCCUGUGCUGGGCCCACAGGCCCCUCUGGCUGAGAAGAGGUAGGUGCUCUUGCAGGUGGGAGAAGGCUGGAUCAGCACGUGCAGGGUGUGGGGGGUCAGGCCGAGGUGUCUGGGCUUCAUCUGAGAGCAAGUGAAGGACGCGCAUCUGCCCCUCCAUGCCGCCAUGGCCUUGCUUAGAAGUGUUGGCAUCAGGGAAGCCAGCUCUGCCCGCAGAGUCUUCCUGGACUUCGGAUUCUGUUUGGGUGAUGCUUCCUCACCCUUAUGAAGUAUCUACCUUCUUAAUUGAGGGCUCAUUUUCUUCUCAUCCAAACACAGCAUUACCCAGCUGAUUCUCAUUAUUAGCAGUGGUUGGGCUCUUGAAAGCCCAACUGUGAAACUGAAGUAGCUAAUCCUGAACCUCGGCUCUGGAAAAGUACGAGUUAGGGUCCUCUAGUCACCCAGGAAAAUACAGGUUAAGGUCCUCUAGUCAUAUUGUCUUCAUCUGAUCAACACAGAGCCUGGUUCAUGUGUUUCUGUGAUUCGUGAACAUGGACCUCGAAGCCGACAGCACCGUAAUUCAUUCCUGAACAAAGUGCAUCCCAGCACUCUGGCACUCAGGACCACUAGACAGCACUUCGGCACUAUGCCUCAGGGUCACUUUAACAGUGAAAUCACCAAUGAAAAGCAGAGACCUGAGAAAAAUGUGGCACUAAGUAGACUGCCAAAAGGACGCUUGUUUACAGCAUGAGCUAAACCGAAGCCGUUGAGUCGCCUCGUUCAGCCUCAGUUGGGAGCGUGCACAUCGGGCUGCUUUGCAUACGUCUGCAAAUGAGUACAAGACACCACUUAUAGUGAUUUUGGGUUUACAAACCAAUUUUUGUGGGUAGGUGAAUCUGCUAAUAUGGAACUGCUAAUCAUGAGGCUCGAUUCUUUGUAAAAUGAUUCUAGCAAUUGUAAAGUGCCUUUGCAGCUGAUGGACCAUGGACUCUGCUUUGUCCCUCACUGUCUUUCUCUUCCAUUUCUUUGCCUUCUCUCCUCCUAGCUUUGUUUCUCUUUGUCUCUUAUUUCCAUGGACACCACUUGUCCUGGAGCCUGUAAUUCUCACUUCCAGACAGUGCUUCCUUAAUGACUUGAUCCCUUUUUAGUAACAAAAAAACCAUUUUAGUUACAAUUAGUUAAUUUAUUUAGCACACAGUGAUUUGAUUGUCAGUAGUUAAUUAUUGAUAUUUUAAAAGGGAAACAGCUGCUUGUUUGUGUACUUGCAUUUUUAUUGUCACUUUCAUUGGUGUUGGAGUAACGUUUUCCAGGAGGAUGCACUGGAUGGCUGUCGUUGACACCACUGCAUACACGUUUCCUCUGGAAGCUUUGCUCACGAGGCCUUUAUGUCUUCUCUGUUUCAGGUGCUUGGUGCCUGGGCAUGCCCUCCGCUUAGAAUAUGCAGGAACCUAAUCCUAGCAGGCUCGUCGCUUGCAGCUGGGAAGCAGAUGCCACGUCUGAAAAUGAAGAGAUAAAAUACUGUCCCCGCAGGACCACCUGUUAGAAAGCUCUGCCCACCUCCGGGCGAACAGAACUGUGACCUCGCCCCUGGGCAGCUCAUGCCAUAGUCUCCCCAAUGGAUCGAAGCCGAGAGGCUGAGACGGAGCUGAGGGUGGGCUCCAGCCCCAGCAAGGCCGGCAGGAGCCACGAGCUGGAUGGGGACAAGAUGGUGGUCCACAGCUGCUGCAUCUGCGGCAAGAGCUUUCCCUUCCAGAGCUCCCUGUCCCAGCACAUGCGCAAGCACACGGGCGAGAAGCCCUACAAGUGUCCCUACUGCAGCCACAGGGCCGCCCAGAAGGGCAACCUGAAGAUCCACAUCCGCAGCCACCGGACGGGGACGCUGAUUCAGGGGCAGGGGCCUGAGGCCGGCGAGGCCCAGCUGGCCGAGUCGCGGGUCUCCGAGGGCCUGGGCGGCUGCACCAGCCCCACCAAGAGCUCCUCGGCCUGCAACAAGAUCCUGAACGGGGCGGCGCCGCUGGAGGUCGGCAAGAUCCUGCUGAGGAGCAGCCGGAAGGAGCCCGAGGCCGCGGGGGAGGGCAAGGCGGCCGCGGCCCAGUGCUCCUUCUGCAAGAGCCGGUUCGAGCGCAAGAAGGACCUGGAGCAGCACGUGCAGCAGGCGCACAAGCCCUUCAAGUGCCGGCUCUGCAGCUACGUGACGGUGCGCGAGGAGUCGCUGCUCAGCCACAUCGAGAAGGACCACAUCACCGCGCAGGGGCCGCCCGGCGCCCCCGAGGCCUGCGCCGAGAACGGCCGCAGCGAGCCGAGCCCCGGGGAGUUCCCCUGCGAGGUGUGCGGCCAGGCCUUCAGCCAGACCUGGUUCCUGAAGGCGCACAUGAAGAAGCACCGGGGCUCCUUUGACCACGGCUGCCACAUCUGCGGCCGGCGCUUCAAGGAGCCCUGGUUCCUCAAGAACCACAUGAAGGCGCACGGCCCCAAGACGGGCGGCAAGAACAGGCCCCGCGGCGAGCUGGACCCCAUCGCCACCAUCAACAACGUGGUCCAGGAGGAGACCAUCGUCACCGGCCUGUCCCUCUACGAAGUUUGCACUAAGUGUGGCAACCUGUUUACAAAUCUGGAGAGCUUGAACGCCCACAACGCCAUCCACCGCCGGGUGGGAGCCGGCCGCGCCCCGCCGCCGCCCGGGGGCCCGGACCCCGCGGCCGCGCAGCAGCUCUUCCUGCAGUGCCUGAACCUGCGGCCCUCGGCGGCGGGCGGCGGACCCCCCAGCGCACCCUCGGGCAGGAGGGUGGCCGAGCUCGACCCGGUCAACAGCUACCAGGCCUGGCAGCUGGCCACCCGGGGCAAGGUGGCCGAGCCGGCCGAGCUGCUCAAGUACGGGGGCUGGGACGAGGCGCUGGCCGGGGCCGACGUGGCCUUCGACAGGGACCGGCGCGAGUACAUCCUGGUGAGCCAGGACAAGCGCAAGCGCGAGCAGGACGCGCCGGCCGCGCCGGGCCACCCGCGCAAGAAGGCGGCGGGCCCCGGGGACGGCCUCCCGCCGGGGCCCGACCUGGACUACCGGCCGGCCUCGCGCCAGAGCCGCCGCGCCGCGCAGAGCAAGUCGUCCGAGUGCUUCGAGUGCGGCAAGAUCUUCCGCACCUAUCACCAGAUGGUGCUGCACUCGCGCGUGCACCGCCGUGCGCGCCGCGCCGCCGCUGGGGACGCGCUGGGGGACGCGCUGGCGGACGGGGCUCCCCGGGCGCGCUGCGGCUCGCUCAGCGAGGGCGACUCGGCCAGCCAGCCCAGCAGCCCCGGCUCGGCCUGCGCCGCCGCCGACUCCCCGGCCUCGGGCCUGCUGGCCGACGACAGCGGCGAGGAGGGCGCGCCCGAGCCUGCGCCAGGGGGAAAGCCAUAUCGCUGCAGCUUUCCGGAAGCAGCAGCACCGACCAUGCUCUCCAACGGAGACCAGGGUCACGGAGUGGGAAGCAGAUCGGAGAAAGGCCCCAGAGAGUCCAGAACGGGGACCACAGCUUCGGUCACCAUACUUGAAAACAGUGGCAGAGACACUUCCAAAAGAUCCGAUCAUAGAUUCUCUCUUGACUUAAAAACACCAGCGUUUCACCCCAAGCAAGAGGCCCCGGGCCCUGGCGACCUUGCGGCUCUUCCUUCAAGCAUGGAGGUGACUUUUCCGGAAGUAGCAGAUGUGCAGCGUUCCGUGGAAAGCCAGGCCCCGCGCCCUAAAGACAAGCCCUGGGAACGGCACAGCCAGGAGCCCUCGGGGGGCGGGAAGCAGGCCCCGGCCCCAGACCUGCUGCCCCUGGACUUGAGUGAGCGGUCGACCCGGGACGGCCCCGGCCGUAAGGAGGUGGCCUCCUCCGUGCAGGCCGCCCUGAUUGCGCACCCGUGCCCGUUCUGCACCCAUAAGACCUACUACCCCGAGGUGCUGUGGAUGCACAAGCGCAUCUGGCACAAGGUCAGCUGCAGUGCCAUGGCGCCCCAGUGGAUGCAGCACAACGGCUACAGGGCCAUAAAGAGCAACCUGGUGUUCCUGGCCAGGAGUGGGCGCACGGGCCCGCCGCCGGCCCUCGGGGGGAAGGAGUGCCAGCCCCUGCCCAUCGCACGGUUCACCCGCACUCAGGUGCCAAGCGCCCCGCCGGUCCCCAAGAACACUCCCCUGGGGGUGCCCACAAAAGCCGCUAGCAUGCCUAAGAACAAGGAGAGCCUUGCGGGGGUCUCCUGCGAGCCGUGGGCCUCGGGCCCGAACGGCUACCGGCAGACCAAGCCCAGCCACGGCCCUGAGCAGCACCGGCCGGCGUCCAGGCAGGAGGCGGGCGCCCAAGCCAGCGGCCUCGGCAGGAGUGCCAGCCCCUCGCCCACCGUCGUUGCCCGGGCAGGCCCCCAGCCCUCGGCCAGCGGCAAGCCGGCCGAGAAGCAUGCGAUGGCCCCGGCGGGGGCUGGCCUUGCCGCCCCCCAGAAGCACAGCACCCCCGACUCUGCGAAAGCCAAAUGCAGCCCUCAGGCUCCCUGCAAGCCUCUGUGCAGAACCGAGCAGCACGGGAAAGGGGAAGGGGGCCCCGCACUACCUCCCCGCGAGCCCCCCGCCAAGGCCGCCCAGGAGCUGAGGACCCUGGCUCACUGUGCGGCUGCACCCCGAGGGGAACACGCCGCCCCACAGCCUCCGCCCGGCCUGCCCGGGGCCCCCGCUGUCGUUCACUCCAUCAAGCAAGAGGCAGCGUCCGAGCGGCACGAGAAGCACUUGGACAUUCUCAACAUUUUCAAGACGUACAUUCCAAAGGACCUCACCACCCUCUACCAGAGCUGGGGCGCCAACGGGCCGGCCUCGGAGCACAGAGGUAAGACCCAGGCCCGCCAUGGAGACGUCACCUGCGCCGAGUGUGGGGGGCGCUGUGUGCAGCCUAACCCCCCCUCCAGGGCUCACCCACAGGCCCACUCGGUGGUGUUUCAGUCUAAUGGACUCCAAGGAACUGAAUUCGCCACCUCUGCCGACACCCCGAAACAAGCAGGUCCCACCAGUAAUCGGGUCUUUGGGUUUUAGCAUGACAGCUGGGAGGAGGAAGGCAGGGACACUUGUCACUAAAGCACCGACUGCUUUUUCUAGAUGUGUAAAUACCCUCAUGCUGCUCUGCCGUGGGACCUGGCCCUCCAGGGCAGGAUGGAGAUGGUUGAACCACACUGGGGGUGAGGUGGACACAGCCACUGGUGGUAGGAUUGGGGUGAGAUGAUGGGUAGAGACAGUCGGUGACUUAGGACACUAAAACUUCCUAUUUUUCUAAGAUUUUUUGGAUAGAAGUUUGCUUUUGAAAGGAAUUGGUUUUCUAAACAAAAAGAGAACCUCCUUCGUGGAGGUGUUUUUCCAUCAGAAAUGCUUAGUGUAGGGUUUCACAGCUAUGUUCUUCCGGAGUUGAUUUUCUUCUGCGUUGUGUACUUGACUGGGCCUGUACCUCCAUGCGUGUGCACGUAGAUGUGGGAUUUUAACACAAACUGCUCCAUGUACGCAUGCAUGCAGCAGAGCUUUUGGACGUGUGUGUUGUGUUGGGAUCGUGGGCAUCACCGUGUUUCUGGGUUCUUCUCCCUGUUUUUCCCUCAUACGGGAUGUUACAUUCUUCAUCUGGUUCUGGCCCAAACCAUCGCCACAUUACA